GGCCGGUUGAUAAGGCGGGGCGGGGCGGGCGCGGCCUCAUUCCGGGCCGGGCCGGCAGCGCGGGUUGCAGUGUCGCCGGAGGGGCAGGGCCCCACCCUGUGACAUCGCUCCCGGCCCCGCCCCCCACGCAUGGCGGCCGAGGAGGGGAAGCUCUUUGUGGGGGGCCUCAACUACGACACGGACGAGCAGGGGCUGGAGCAGCACUUCAGCUCCUUCGGGCCCAUCGCCGAGGUGGUGGUGGUGAAGGACCGGGAGACCCAACGCUCGCGCGGCUUCGGCUUCGUCACCUUCACCAACCCUGAGCACGCCAGCGACGCCAUGAGGGCCAUGAACGGCGAGUGCCUGGAUGGGCGGCAGAUCCGGGUGGAUCACGCUGGAAAUCCCCGUGGUGCCCGGGGAGGCUACGGAGGGGCCGGGCCGGGCCGAGGAUACCCCAGGUACGUCCUGGGAGGGGGUGACCGUGGCUACGGGGGCCGCUACGACGGGCGCAGCGGGGGGGGCUACGGCUCCCGGGACUACGGCAGCCGGUGA